UAUAAGACAAAAUCUAAUAGUAAAGAUGAAUUUAGUAAAUUUAUUAAAAUUAUCAAAAACAUUCCUAAAUUCAAAUGCGUAAGACCAAAAGAUGAAGCAUACAUAGCUGAAAAGUAUCUGACAGACCAAAAACUUAAACUUUACGUGAAUAUUCUUGAAACUGGUUUAUUUCAAUAUCUCACCUACUCCCAUCGGUCAUCCAAUGAAUAUAGUACGAAUCUUAAAUAUGGCUAUCGUAAUGAAAAUGAAGACAUUAAAAAGAACUACCCCAUUAAUGAAAAUGAAGACAUUAAUAAGAAUUACAAAGAAAACAAUAAUGCUAAAAAGGAUUACAAAAUUAUAUUCAUGACAGAUGAAAAAAAGUUGUGUGGUUUGUAA